AAAGAGACAAAACAACACAAAGAGUCAAAAUGAGCGAGAAUACGAAACGUUACAACAAAGUUUUCAUGAACUCUUGAAAACGUUUGUGUUCUUCUGGACUUUAUCUUCCGCUGGUUGUCAGUCUCUGAGAUCAAACCGUCUCCUACAUCAUCGACACUAUAAACACGAGUCAGUGAGGAGGUCAAAGGUCACAGCAGUGAGUGUUUGUACGUGUUGGGAGUCAUUCAGUGGUUUAAUGUUCAUCUUCAGUCAACACAACAAACUGUAUGAAGAUCAUAAAUAUGAAGUUAAUAUCAUUUUAGCCAUAACGUUAUCAAUAGCAUUUAAAGGAACUGGCUCUUCAUUAACUUUGAACUGAUGUUUACAAAUACAGCAGCUCCUCUUUAACCGUAUUCUACUUGAUCUCUUAUAUUAGAGUACACAGAGUACACAGAGUACACAGUUUGAAAGCAGCUUUGUUUAAAACCGUCCGGCUGGUUUACAUACCACGUACACGCACACACACACACACAGACAGACAGACACACUCGCACACACACAGACAGACACACUCGCACACACACAGACAGACACACGCACACACACACACACACACACAGACAGGCACAGACAGCAUCAGUUUCCUGGUCUUGUGGUUUUGAUCCGUGGUGCCUUCAGGUACCGUUUGCCUCAGAGUCAUACAAAUGGGAUAUCAGUUAUUAUUUCAGGAAGUAACUCACUGAGACAAACUGCCUUCAAACAUUUAGUAAUGUGCUGCCACAGAGCUCCAGUCUGAAUGUCUGCAUUAAGUAUUUAUGUUUAAUAUGUAUUUGUGUGUCAAUAACUGGUGUGUAUUUCGAUAUAUUCAGUGAAAAUACUCUGUGUGUACUUCAUAGUAAGCCUGCUUAACACUCUCAUGGGCAACGUCGGCAACAACUCCUCGGUGGCCAGGGAUCUGCUGGUGACGUGUUUCCACAACGACGAUGCGUUCAAGUACCGCGCCUACACCAUUACCUACCUGCUGCUGUUUCCUGUCGCCAUUCUCUGCAACAUCGGAGCGCUGGCAGUCUUUUUCCUGCAGGGAAACCGCAGAAGCUCCGCCCCCUGCGUGGUCAUGAUGAACCUCGCCCUAUCAGACGGGAGCUUCUCCCUCACCCUCCCACUGCGAUUGGCUUAUUACUUCAGGGGCGGAGUCUGGGACUUCCCUGAUUGGCUGUGCCGACUGUGCGUCUUCGGCUUCUACGUCAACUUGUACACGAGCAUCCUCUUCCUCACUCUACUGAGCGUGCUCCGUUGGCUCGCUGUGAAUCAUCCUCUACGUCACCGCACUCUGGUCACGCCCCUUCGAACCCUAUUGGUCUGUCUAGGAGUCUGGCUGUUUGUGGGCGUGUCCUCUGUCCCCUUCCUGAUUGGUGGGGUGACGUACAGGGCGGGGCUUCCUCGUUGCUUCGAGCCUUCUAGCCCCUCCUCUUGGGUAACUGUCCUGAUCCUGAACUACGUGGCGUUGGCUCUGGGCUUCCUCCUCCCGUUCCUCACCAUCAUUGUCUGCUACAGCCGGAUUGUCCGCCACCUCACGUCCCGCUUCGACGGCGACGGCGGCGGCGGUGGCCGGUCCGCCGCCGCCGCUAGCCAUCGUCUCGACACGCGGCGACGCUCGGUGCGCCUGGUGGCCAUGGUGACGGCAACCUUCCUGAUCUGCUUCCUGCCCUACCACGUGGUGCGGUCGCUGCACCUGCACGCCGUGUGCGGCGGCUGGGACUGCGGCGUCACGGUGGCGCUGCAGCGGGCCGUGGUGGUGACGCUGUGCUUGGCGGCGUCCAACAGCGUGGUCAACCCGCUGCUGUACUACUACUCCACCGGUGCGUUCAGGGACAACAUGAGGGACGCCCACUCCUCUCUAAUGAGGAAGGGGUCCAUGAGGAGGAACACCACCUGAUGGACCCCCUAAAACCUGAACCCUGAACCCCGAACACUCAGGUAACUCAUGUCACCUGGUAGGUGCUUGAGUGCGAAGGGCUGCUCGGGCUCAAGUACUUUGUGACACGUCACGUUAACUUCACAACGCCAAAACAUUCUUUUUACUUUUUUCACAGAGAGACGGACUUCUUGAAGGAAUAUUUGAAAAAUCAUCAUCAGGAUAAGAUCAGAGGACAAACAACCAAUGAGCUACAUGCAAACUUCACAUGUUAACCCCUGUGUUUAACGUCACAACGCUAUGAAUUGUGGGUAAUUCCCCAUGUCAAAGUCUGUAGAAAUGCAGAAAAAUGUGCAUUAAGGGCUCAAAAAGGUCUUUAAGCUACUGAUGGGACCAGUAAACCUAAAACACAGCAUCAUGGUUCAUGUAAUAGUGUUUAUUAUAUAAGCUUUAAAUGUAUUUAAUUGUAUUUAAAUGAAAAUAAA